AUGGGAAAAAAAGUUGCGGCAGGAUUCGUGAUAUUCAGAUUAUCUAAAACAAUAGAAUAUCUACUUCUCCAAACGUCGUAUGGAAUAAAUCACUGGACACCUCCAAAAGGUCAUGUCGAUCCAGGUGAAACGGAUGUAAUGGUAACAGCAUUUAGAGAAACUCUCGAAGAAUCCGGAUUACAUGAGGAAGAUCUGGAGAUAUAUAAGGAUUGCAAAAAAAUAUUGAACUACCAAGUAAAUGGAAAACCCAAAGAAGUUCAUUACUUUUUAGCAAAACUUGUUAAUCCUAAAGCGGAAGUAAAGUUGUCUAAUGAACAUCAAGAUUUUAAAUGGUUAGAAAUUGGUGAGGCUUGUCGCAUUGUGGGAUACGAAGAUAUGCAAUCAACUCUUAAAGAAUUUAAUGAGUAUAUUAUCAAAACAAACAAUAAUUUAAGUAAAUAAAUAAAAUUCAUCUAUGUUACAACAUAUA